GCGCUAUUGGGAAAAGCUUCACAUGAAGUGGGACACCCAAGAGUGGAUAACUCUGGAAGUCGCAGAUGAUCUCAAAGGGAAAAUGUGCGGGACUUUGCGGACAAUUCAAUGGAAAUGCCACAGACGAUUUCGCAACCCCAAAGGGCAAAGUGGUUACCUCCCCUGUCAGCUUUGGCACCAAGCUGGAAGAUGAUAGACCUCACCAAAACAUGUCCCGACUCCGUCAGCAGUUGCCCCGUAAAGGGCACCUCAAGCCCUGUGCAGCAGUCAUGUGAUGACAUCAUGGGUGCGGAUUUCAGCGCAUGUCAUAAGAAAGUGGACCCAUCUCCAUACAGAGUGGCCUGCAGGCAAGAUUGUUGUGAUGUGAACGCAGCACAAGAGUGCAGAUGUAACAGUUUCGCCGCCUACUCAAGAGCGUGCUUGCGAGAAGGUGUUGAACUGUCGUGGCGUUCAGAGAAUAGAUGCCCGGUGAAGUGCUCCGGUGGUAUGAUGUACAAGGAAUGUGGAAGCUCUUGUCCGCAGACGUGCACAUCCACGUCAAAGAGCUGCACCGACCAGACGUGCGUGGAUGGCUGUUUCUGUCCCUCUGGGAUGGUGCUGAAUGGAACGUCAUGCAUCCCCCACAGCCAGUGUCCGUGCUCCUAUUACGGCAAGCUGUACCCAGUGGGUGCAUCCAUUAACAAGGAUCCGUGCAACAGCUGCACAUGUCAGGCAGGGAAGUGGUCAUGUACCAAAAAUCCGUGCUCAGCAAUGUGUUCUGUGACUGGUGAUCCUCACUACAAGACUUUUGAUGGCAAGCGCUACAACUUCAUGGGUAUUUGCUCGUACUAUAUGGUUUGGAAUCCUGAUUUCAACAUAACGGUGGACAACUAUGCAUGUGGACAUGCUGAUGCCUCAUGCACCAAGUCUGUGGAGGUGACAUUCAAAGGGUCAGAUAUCAAGCUGAACCAAGAUCAUCAGUUAUUGGUCAGGGGGAGAGAGGUCAAGCAACUGCCAUACGAACGGAAUGGAAUCAAGAUCUACAUGGCUUCUUCACUCUUCAUGAAGGUGGAGUUGUCUAAUGGUGUCUCUCUGAUGUGGGAUGGAAGGACCAGAGUAUAUGUUACUGCUCCCAAAACAAUGUACGGGCAGACCAAAGGUAUGUGUGGCACCUUUGAUGAAAACCAAAACACCGACUUCAUCACCAAGGAAGGUGACGUUGAACCCAAUGUUAAUUUGUUCGGAAACAAGUGGAGAACAGAUCCAACAUGCGCGGAAAUGCCGGAGAAGAUUGCAGCUGAUCCCUGCGACCUCAAUGCGCAGCGAAGAGCCCAGGCGUUGAUGGAGUGCCAGCAGCUGAGAGGAGAUAUGUUCAAAGCUUGUCAUAGCGUGGAGAGUGUGGAUGUCUACUACGAGGACUGUCUCUAUGACAUUUGCUCUUGUGAGAGAAACGUCAGGGAUUGUAUGUGCCCCAACUUUGGCGCGUACGCUGAUGCCUGCGCCGCUAAGGGAGUGUUCAUUGAUUGGAGAAGAAAUGUUUCGUUAUGUAUGCUCUCCUGUCCUGGAGGUCAGAUCCACCAAGUUUGCGGUGACUCGUGUCAAAGAUCAUGCCGUAAUAUCGCCCAGAGCCCCAACUGCGUGUCUGAGUGCGCCGAAGGGUGCAAUUGUCCACCUGGCCAGUCUCUGGAUGAUGAUGGGGAAUGUAUCCCCAAAAUGCAGUGUCCGUGCAUAUUUGAUGAUCGCGAAUACCCAGCAGGUUUUACGACGAAGAAGGGCAAUGAAUACUGCGUCUGCCGAGAGGCAAGGUGGAACUGCACAAGCACCAAAACAGUAAUCCCGGAGGGUGUGAAGCUCCAGCCACUGUGCCCCGCCCUGAUGGAGUACACAGACUGCGUAUCCAGUUGCCCCCUCACCUGUGAGAACAGCGUGUCCGCCUGCACAACCACCACCUGCACCCCGGGCUGCGUUUGUAAACAAGGCUAUGUCCUGGAUGGCGAGAACUGUGUACGUAAGAGCCAGUGCCCGUGUCAUCAUGGAGGACGGAAAUUCUAUGAGGGCGACACCAUUAAACUGGACUGUAACACGUGCCAUUGCAGUAGCAGGAAGUGGGACUGUACAAAGCAGGCCUGCCCGUCCACGUGUAGUGCAUACGGAGACUCCCACUACAAAACCUUUGAUGGGAAGCAGUUCAGAUUCCAAGGGAAUUGUGACUACAUCAUGGCGGCUUCGUCUGAAGACAAUCCCGUACAGUUCAUGAUCACCACAGAGAACAUUCCCUGUGGGACGGGAGGUGUUACCUGCACCAAAGCCAUUGACUUCAGUAUAGGGGAACCAGGAUCCGCAGAUUUCUACAAAGUUGACUUAGUGCGAGGAAAGCCUGUACGACUGGAGGCUGACAGCCCCUUUACACUGCGAGAGGUCGGACUGUUCAUCCAAGUGAAGUACAAGGGAGGCGUCACGCUCCUGUGGGACAAGGGUACCCGUUUGUACAUACAAGUGGACACGCAGCAUAAGGGCAAGGUGAAAGGUCUGUGUGGAAACUUCAACGACAACCAGAACGAUGACUUUGUGACACCACAGGGUGGGCCUCCUGUCAUCCAAUCCACGGACUUUGGUGAUAGCUGGAAAGUGCACGAGUACUGCGCACCCUCACAGCAAAUCCCGGACACGUGCGAGCAGAACCCGCAUCGCAAACCAUGGGCACAGCUCAAGUGUGGCAUCAUGCAGUCAGAGCUGUUUGAGCCAUGUCACAAUGUGGUACCGUACCACCCCUUCGUGGAGCGAUGUGUGUUUGACGCCUGUGCCUGCGACCAAGGCGGCGACUGUGAGUGUUUGUGUACGGCUGUUGCAGCCUAUGCGCAUGAGUGCGCCCUACAGGGAGUACCCAUUUCAUGGAGGUCACAGGAAACGUGUGCUGUGCAGUGUGAAGACUGCACAUCUUACACCCCCUGCGUUUCCAUGUGCCCCAAACGGACGUGUAACAACUUCCUCUACUACGACAAGGUUGCAAAAGGCUGCAAAGAUGACUUGUGUGUGGAAGGCUGUGACGUUGAGGAGUGUCCAGAAGGUCAGGUGUUCAACAGCAGCAAGGCACCAAUGGAGUGUGUUGACAAAUCGCUCUGUCACAUCUGCUUCAUAAACAACAUGCAGUACACAGAAGGAGAGAGGAUCCACGAUAAGGCAGUUUGUAGGACUGACUGUGAAAUUUGUUUUUGCAGUAAUGGUCAGCUACACCGCACCGGGACAUGCACGUCUCCACUUGUUACCCAGUUCACGUCAACACACAGCACUCCAACAACAACAAUUUCAACAUCCACAGUUUCCUCCCGUGUUACCAAGUCCACCCCUAGCACUGGUUCCACACCUAGUACUGGCUCCACUCCUAGUACUGGCUCCACCCCUGGCACUGGCUCCACCCCCAGUACUGGCUCCACCCCCAGUACUGGCACCACCUCCAGUACUGGCUCCACCCCUAGUACGUCCACCACCUCCAGUACUGGCACCACCCCUGGUUCCAAAACAUUAAUCACACCUGCCUGUCUUCACUCAGGCUGGACCAGUUGGAUGAGUUCCCAAUCGCCGACACCCCUUAAUAGUGGCGAUGUGGAGAGUCAUGAAAACUUGAGGAGAAUCUAUGCCUACUGCAGCUACGACCAAAUGGUCUCUAUCCAGUGCCGUAAAGUGGGUGCGGUCAUGAUGGCUGAUUACACCAAUCAGAAGGUGACGUGCAAUGUGAAGGAUGGUCUGGUAUGUCACCACGGUGAUCAGGCAGUUGGCAUGUGUGCUGAUUACGAAGUGCGCUUCUUGUGCGACUGUGGUGAGACAGAAUCCACCUCUACUACUAGUGGCCCAACGACCUUGGGCACUGGCUCCACAACCUUGGGUACUGGCUCCACAACCUUGGGUACUGGCUCCACAACCUUGGGUACUGGCUCCACAACCUUGAGCACUGGCUCCACAACCUUGGUUACUGGCUCCACAACCUUGGGUACUGGCUCCACAACCUUGGGUACUGGCUCCACAACCUUGGGCACUGGCUCCACAACCUUGAGCACUGGCUCCACAACCUUGGGUACUGGCUCAACAACUACAAAGAAACCAACUCCAGGAACAACUGGUAUUCCUGGAACAGUGAGCACAGUGGAACCUACUCCAAUCACAACAGGAAUCCCUGGGACAGAAACGACGACUUACCCCAUAUCACCACCGACCAUCACCAAAACCCUGCCGAGAAGACCACUCUGCAGUACAACUGGAUUCACUCAUUGGAUGAACACCUCCAAACCUGACAGCAAGGGAGAGAAUGAAAGCCUAACAAAGCUGCUCAAGAAGUAUGGCUUUUGUGAACGCGAUGCUGUUCGUGCUAUAGAAUGUCGCACCAUUCACUCCAAAAUUUCAUACAAACACUCAAGGGAUCGUGACGUGACCUGUGACCUUUUGAACGGACUGACAUGUUUGAACAGUAAACAGGCCCCGGGACACAAGUGUCAGGACUACGAAGUGCGUGUCUAUUGCUACUGUUUAGGGACCAAGUACUGUAAUGAACACCUUGUGCGAGAGUAUUCUGUCUCUGCCAGCGCCUCUAGCACCUAUAAAAACAGUGCCACAUAUGGUCCGUCUAGAGCACAGUUGGACACUGUGGCAGACAGCCAUGGCUCUGGAGGCUGGAAACCCUCAGCUGACGAUACCUCUCCAUGGAUUCAGGUGGAUUUCGGGAAGGAGCUGCAGAUGGUUGGGGUAAUCUUGACAGGAAGAGCCGACGCCCCCGAGUGGGUCACGUCCUACCAUGUAAACAUCAGCGACGAAAAUUGCCAGAAUUUUGAAUACGUGACAGACAUCAUCAAUAAAAACAGGGUAUUCAAAGGCCCGACCAGCCAGUCCACAAACGUGACCAGCUUAUUCCUGACUGGUUACAUCGGUCGCUGUCUCAGAAUUCUGCCCUUGACCUGGCAAACGGCACCCAGUCUCAGAUUUGAGGUCCUUGGAUGUGAUAAUGAAACGACCACCCCAGUGGUGACACCGCCGCCUUUAAUUUCGGUGACCCGUGGACGGUCUUCAUCUGUUGUCAGCACCACUUCAUCUAGCACUGUCAUGACUACUGCUCACCAUCCUGUCAGUGAAGAAACCAUUUCCCCGCCUAUAGAAGUGACCAAAACUCCCACAGCUAGUCCAAGCACAGCCAGAAUUACGCCCACACGGAGUCCGACGCCCUAUUCUUGCACCCAUGGCUGGACAACCUGGUUAAAUGUGGACUCUCCAGAUGUGGAUCAUGCUUACGAGACAGAGGGCCAAGGCGACUAUGAGCUCAUCACCAAACUGCAUGAGGUGCAUAGUUUCUGUGCUAGACCAGUCUCCAUCAGGUGUCGCACAACUGACAAUCAGACGUCAUCACAUCGGUCUGGCGAUGCCGGUGUUGUGUGUGACCUGACACAAGGAUUAGUUUGUGUGAACGCGGACCAGAAGAGAGGGCGCUGUCACAACUAUGAAGUCAGUCUCCUGUGUGAAUGUGAAGCCACACCAACAACGGCUGCUCCAUCCACUCCGCUCACCCCUCACCCGCCCAUCCCUAGCUGCGGAUGGACUACCUGGAUGAACACGCCUCGUUCCACCAAAUUAGGCCUACUAGGCGACUUUGAGACUUUGAGCAUCUUACGAAUGUCAUAUUCGUUCUGCGAGCGACCAUCUGAGAUGGAGUGCCAUGUUGUUGGCUCAAGGUUACCUUACAACAAGGCAGGACAGUUGGGAGUGUCAUGUGAUCUGAACAAAGGACUGGUGUGCUUGGACAAUCUCCAGGUGGGCAGCGAUCAGUGUUUUGACUACGAAGUGCGUCUGUUCUGCACUGACGGCUGCAGCACAGUUAGCACACAAUCCCCACCCUCAGGCACAAUUACACCACCGACACCAAGUCCAUCCAGUUCUGUGCCCACAGGUACGCCCACCCCCAGUCCAUCUGUGAAGAUCAUAACACCUGGUACAGAGUCCACAUCUAAGACAAUAACACAAUCCCCACCCACAGGCACAAUUACACCCCCGACACCAAGCCCACCCAGUUCUGUGCCCACAGGUUCGCCCACACCCAGUCCAUCUGUGAAGAUCAUAACACCUGGUACAGAGUCCACAUCUAAGACAAUAACACAAUCCCCACCCACAGGCACAAUUACACCACCGACACCAAGCCCAUCCAGUUCUGUGCCCACAGGUUCGCCCACCCCCAGUCCAUCUGUGAAGAUCAUAACACCUGGUACAGAGUCCACAUCUAAGACAAUAACACAAUCCCCACCCACAGGCACAAUUACACCACCGACACCAAGCCCACCCAGUUCUGUGCCCACAGGUUCGCCCACCCCCAGUCCAUCUGUGAAGAUCAUAACACCUGGUACAGUGUCCACAUCUAAGACAAUAACACAAUCCCCACCCACAGGCACAAUUACACCACCGACACCAAGCCCAUCCAGUUCUGUGCCCACAGGUACGCCCACCCCCAGUCCAUCUGUGAAGAUUAUAACACCUGGUACAGUGUCCACAUCUAAGACAAUAACACAAUCCCCACCCACAGGCACAAUUACACCACCGACACCAAGCCCACCCAGUUCUGUGCCCACAGGUACGCCCACCCUCAGCCCCUCUCCAGGGAGCACUCUGACGCCGACCACCUGUGUUCAGGGCUGGACUCAAUGGCUCAACACUGACACACCAGGGACAGGCGGUGGCGAUUUUGAAACAGUUCGGAACUUGCCUGGUUUCCCGUGGUCCUGCAUGAAGGUUAUGGACGUGGAGUGUAAAGAGGUAGCGUCAGGAAAGGACUUCCACCUGACUGGCCAGAUGGUGUCAUGUGACCUAAACGGACUCACCUGCCAGAAUGACUACCAGCAGAUCUGCUAUGACUACAAAGUGCGAUUUUACUGUGACUGUGGAGAAACAACGACUCCUGAAGGAACAACAACUGUUUCCAAAGUUACUGGUUCAACAACGCCAAGUUCAGCACCACCCCAAACAACAACAGGGGAGACUACUUCAAGAACGUCUACAUCUUCAACCACUUCCCCAACAGGAAGUGUGAUACAGACAGAAGGUAGUACAACCACACCUACACCGUCAACAACAACUUCACCUAUUACCUCAAAUCGAAAAGGUGGAGAAACAACGACUCCUGAACGAACAACAACUGUUUCCAAAGUUACUGGUUCAACAACGCCAAGUUCAGCACCACCCCAAACAACAACAGGGGAGACUACUCCAGGAACGUCUACAUCUUCAACCACUUCCCCAACAGGAACUGUGACACAGACAGAGGGUAGUACAACCACACCUAUACCGUCAACAACAACUUCACCUACCUCAAAGGAAAAAGGUGGAGAAACAACGACUCCUGAACGAACAACAACUGUUUCCAAAGUUACUGGUUCAACAACGCCAAGUUCAGCACCACCCCAAACAACAACAGGGGAGACUACUCCAGGAACGUCUACAUCUUCAACCACUUCCCCAACAGGAACUGUGACACAGACAGAGGGUAGUACAACCACACCUAUACCGUCAACAACAACUUCACCUACCUCAAAGGAAAAAGGUGGAGAAACAACGACACCUGAAGAAACAACACCUGUUUCCAAAGUUACUGGUUCAACAACGUCCAGUUCAGCACCACCCCAAACAACAACAGGGGAGACAACUCCAGGAAGGUCUACAUCUUCAACCACUUCCCCAACAGGAACUGUGACACAGGCAGAAGGUGGUACAACCACACCUACAUUGUCAACAACAACUUCACCUAUUACCUCAAAGGGAAAAGUAUGUGACAUCCCCAUGGGUCUAUCAAGUCGGUACAUCAUCACACAGGACCAGUUGAAUGCCUCCACUGUGCUAAAUCAUCAGUUUGAGGCUGAUCGAGGCCGACUCAACACCGUUGCCACUGGAAACAUGGGAGGAGCCUGGGUGCCACGUAAGAGCGAUAACACCCAGUGGAUACAGGUUGACUUCUUGACUCCCAAACUGGUGACUGGUGUCGUGACUCAAGGUCGCCCUGACAUUCCCCAGUGGGUGACCUCUUUCAGCGUGUCCUUCAGCAACGACAGUAGUCAUUUCGACAAUUACACAGAAAACGGUAUCGAGAAGAUCUUCCAGGGAAAUUUUGACGGAAACACGAUGGUAAAGAAUUACUUUGCGGACAAAAUCUCUGCUCGCAUUGUUCGUCUUCACCCAGUUGAAUGGACAAAUGGCAUUGCCAUGAGGUUCGACAUCCUCAAUUGCAACAAAUCUACAACGACUCCAUUGUGCGAGAAGCCCAUGGGUGUGGACAACACCCAGAUUGUAGCCGAUUCUCAGAUCACAGCCUCAUCUACGCUGAAUCAGCUCUCCAUGCCUUCAGCCGGACGACUCCUCAACUCUCUAGGAGCCUGGUCUCCAAGUGUGUCCAACAACAUGGAGUGGAUACAGGUGGAGUUUGAUAAGGUAGAGAGUAUUACCGGUCUCUUGGUCCAAGGUAGUCCAACGGAGGACAAAUGGGUCAGCAAAUUGAUGAUUUCCACAAGCGAGAACGGUGUCGCUUUCACGAAGUACGCUGACCGAAACAGCGGUGCACCCAAAGUUUUUACAGCAAAUGUCGACGGUCAGACGGUCAGGAAACUGCUGUUUGACAGAGAAGUGCUUGCACGGUUUGUACGCGUACUUCCUGUGGAAUGGAGCAGCAAAGGAAUCGCACUGAGAAUCAACAUUCUCGGGUGCCCAGGAUCAACUGUCCCUACUCCCACACUGUGCACCGAUGAGAUGGGGCUAGAGAGUUACAAGAUGGUGAGUGAUGUACAGCUGAAUGCUUCUUCUGAGGCAGACCAACAACACAGGGCUCCUCACAGCAGACUGACCCCCACAGGAACAGGGACCCAGGCUUACUGGAUGCCAAGCACAACUGACAACGAUCGGUGGAUUCAAGUAGACUUUUUGAAGGAGAAGUUGAUCUCUGGCAUUGUCACUCAAGGUGCUGUGACAUCACCAGAGUGGGUGACAAGUUAUGAAAUCUCUACCAGCCUCGAUGGUGCAAAAUUUACACCCUACACGGAUAGUCUCAAUAAAAGCACAGCCAAAGUUUUCCAAGGAAACACCAACCAGACUUUAGAGGUGACCCGUCUGUUCAACAGAAACAUUGCUGCCCGGUAUGUGCGUCUGACAAUUAAGGGUGUCCAAGGGAAAGCUGCUCUGAGAUGGAAUGUCCUUGGGUGUAACCCUACUAGUACCCCAUCCCCUCCCACAGUUACAACGGUGUCACCAACAGCCGGUCCCACAGUCACUACAAAGAAGGCCACAGUCACCCCCAGCACUGUGCCCAUGCCUACACCCCCCAUGUACACAGUUUGCAUGAUUCCAAUGGGAGUGAAUGACUCCCUGAUCGUGACCAACAGUCAGCUGACUUCAUCAACCUAUCAGGAUGUUGGUCACACAGCACAGUAUGGUAGAAUGAACAACCAAGGAGCGUGGGUGGCCAGCACAACUGACAAAUCUCCAUGGAUACAAGUUGAUUUUGGGAAGCCUGUGUUUGUUAAUGGCAUCAGCACCCAGGGCAACAGUGAGGCCGCUCAGUGGGUCACCAAAUACCAGGUGUCAACAAGUAAAGAUAAUUUGACCUUCACCCCAUAUUCUGACAUCGUGGGAGACACUGUCAACAAAACCUUCCAAGCCAACAGCGACCGAAAUACAGAAGUGCGAAACCUGUUCACUCACACUGUUACAGCUCAGUACGUGAGGGUCAGACCUGUGUCAUGGACGGGCGGGGCUGCUGCUCUACGCUUCACAGUGUGGGGAUGUUACCCAGUGUGCACCGAUGAGAUGGGGCUAGAGAGUUACAAGAUGGUGAGUGAUGUACAGCUGAAUGCUUCUUCUGAGGCAGACCAACAACACAGGGCUCCUCACAGCAGACUGACCCCCACAGGAACAGGGACCCAGGCUUACUGGAUGCCAAGCACAACUGACAACGAUCGGUGGAUUCAAGUAGACUUUUUGAAGGAGAAGUUGAUCUCUGGCAUUGUCACUCAAGGUGCUGUGACAUCACCAGACUGGGUGACAAGUUAUGAAAUCUCUACCAGCCUCGAUGGUGCAAAAUUUACACCCUACACGGAUAGUCUCAAUAAAAGCACAGCCAAAGUUUUCCAAGGAAACACCAACCAGACUGUAGAGGUGACCCGUCUGUUCAACAGAAACAUUGCUGCCCGGUAUGUGCGUCUGACAAUUAAGGGUGUCCAAGGGAAAGCUGCUCUGAGAUGGAAUGUCCUUGGGUGUAACCCUACUAGUACCCCAUCCCCUCCCACAGUUACAACGGUGUCACCAACACCCGGUCCCACAGUCACUACAAAGAAGGCCACAGUCACCCCCAGCACUGUGCCCAUGCCGACACCCCCCAUGUACACAGUUUGCAUGAUUCCAAUGGGAGUGAAUGACUCCCUGAUCGUGACCAACAGUCAGCUGACUUCAUCAACCUAUCAGGAUGUUGGUCACACAGCACAGUAUGGUAGAAUGAACAACCAAGGAGCGUGGGUGGCCAGCACAACUGACAAAUCUCCAUGGAUACAAGUUGAUUUUGGAAGCCUGUGUUUGUUAAUGGCAUCAGCAACCAAGGGCAACAGUGAGGCCGCUCAGUGGGUCACCAAAUACCAGGUGUCAACAAGUAAAGAUAAUUUGACCUUCACCCCAUAUUCUGACAUCGUGGGAGACACUGUCAACAAAACCUUCCAAGCCAACAGCGACCGAAAUACAGAAGUGCGAAACCUGUUCACUCACACUGUCACAGCUCAGUACGUGAGGAUCACACCUGUGUCAUGGACGGGCGGGGCUGCUGCUCUACGCUUCACAGUGUGGGGAUGUUACCCAGUGUGCACCGAUGAGAUGGGGCUAGAGAGUUACAAGAUGGUGAGUGAUGUACAGCUGAAAGCUUCAUCUGUGGCAGACCAACAACACAAGGCUUCUCACAGCAGACUGACCCCACAGGAACAGGGACCCAGGCUUACUGGAUGCCAAGGUAAUGGUGAGGGGUGCAGCAGGGCUGGGGAAGACAGGAUCCAAGACUUUAUUGGAAACCAAGAUGUGUCUGUAAGCGAGUGGGUGGGAGACUCAGCCACCCAGACAUACUGGAUAGCAGGCACAACUGACAACGAUCGGUGGAUUCAAGUAGACUUUUUGAAGGAGAAGUUGAUUUCUGGCAUUGUCACUCAAGGUGCUGUGACAUCACCAGACUGGGUGACAAGUUAUGAAAUCUCUACCAGCCUCGAUGGUGCAAAAUUUACACCCUACACGGAUAGUCUCAAUAAAAGCACAGCCAAAGUUUUCCAAGGAAACACCAACCAGGCUGUAGAGGUGACCCGUCUGUUCAACCGACACAUCAAUGCCCAGUACGUGCGUCUGACAGUUAAGGGUGUCCAAGGGAAAGCUGCUCUGAGAUGGAAUGUCCUUGGCUGUAACCCUGCAAGUACCCGCUCCCCUGUUUCAGUUAUGACCGUGACUGCGACACCCAGUCCCUCAUUCAGCACAAAGACGGCCACAGUCACCCCCAGCACUGUGACCACGCGGACACCCCCCAGGACCACAGUUUGCAUGACCCAAAUGGGAGUGAAUGACUCCCUGAUUGUGGCUAACAGUCAGCUGACUUCAUCAACCCAUCAGGAUGCUGGUCACACAGCACAGUAUGGUAGAAUGAACAACAAAGGAGCGUGGGUGGCUAGCACAACUGACAAAUCUCCAUGGAUACAGGUGGAUCUUGGAAAGCUUGUGUUAGUUAGUGGGAUUAGCACCCAGGGCAACAGUGAGGCCGCUGAGUGGGUCACCAAGUACCAGGUGUCAACAAGUAAAGAUAAUUUGAACUUCACCCCAUAUUCUGACAUCGUGGGAGACACUGUCAACAAAACCUUCCAAGCCAACAGCGACCGAAAUACAGAAGUGCGAAACCUGUUCACUCACACUGUCACAGCUCAGUACGUGAGGGUCACACCUGUGUCAUGGACGGGCGGGGCUGCUACGCUACGCUUCACAGUGUGGGGAUGUUAUCCAGAAUGCUCGGUACCAAUGGAAGUAAACAACACAAAUGUAAUCCACAACCAGCAGCUGACAGCUUCUUCCUAUCUGGAUGUGUACCAUGGACCAGAGCGUGGGCGUCUUCUGCUGAAGUCAGAAGGCAAAUUUGCCGGAGGCUGGAAACCAAAUGCAUCAGACAGCAACCAGUGGAUUCAGGUGGACUUCCUGUCUCCAUACGCAGUCACUGGAAUCACCACUCAAGGUGGAUACAACGUUCCAGAGUGGGUUACAUCUUAUAAAAUCUGGUACAGCACUGAUGGUAACACCUUCACUCCUGUUAUAGACAGCAUCUCUAGUGUCACCAAGAUCUUCCCAGGGAAUUUCGAUCAGUCCACACCUGAGCAAAACUUAUUCUCCAAAGUUGUUGCGAGGUAUGUUCGCAUCAUCCCACUCACAUGGACGGGAGCCAUCAAUAUGAGAUUUAAUCUCUACGGGUGUGUACAACCAUUAACUACUCCCAUGGUGACAACACCAUUGACCUCUGGUACAACAACACCAUUGACCUCCAGUACAACAACAACAGCAGCACCAACCACGCCCUGUAUGUACUGGACGCCUUGGGUGAACCACAAAACCCCAGACGAAAUGGGUGAUUUUGAGUCAGAAAUAGAGUUAAGGAAGGUUGCAACCUUCUGCAGCACAGACAAGAUCUUGGCGAUCCAGUGUAGAACCGCAGAUGCUGCACAUCUGCUGUCAGACAAAUCAGGACAGAAAGUGAUUUGCGACCUGGAGACAAGAACAAUGAUGUGCCUGAAUGUCCAGCAGACUGGAGGACAGAAGUGCAGGGACUAUGAAAUAAGAGUUCUGUGUUCCGAAUGCCCAACGACCACGGUCUCCACCCCAACCAUAACCACUGGGCCUCCCACAACUGCUGGAUCUACAACAGCGUCGACAGCAACCAUAUCUAUCGGCACAACGACAACAACACCACUUUCAAGUACAACAACACCCUUUACAGGUACAACAACAUCAACACCUGGCACAACGACAACACGGGUCACAGGUACCACGACUUUUGGAGUAACAACAACGCCAGUGACGGGUUCAGAAGCAGUCAGCACUACAACCUCCCCAACUACAGGCACCACUCCAGAGAGAACAACAACAUUGACUUCCACCACGGGAGGUACUGGCAGAACGUGUAAUACCAGUACUUGGAGCCCAUGGAUAAAUCGUGACACCCCGUCUACUGGAAAAGGCGACUUUGAGAGCAUGUCUUCAGCAGAACUGAGCGCCUUCUGUUCCUCCGGUACUAUCACAGUGAUACAGUGUGUGACCAGCGAAGAUCAAAUCCCGUCCUACACUUACGGAGAGAUCAGUGAAUGCUCCAUUGAGCAUGGCUUGUCCUGUAGCAACGAGGCCAACUACCCCAUUGAAUGUCAGGAUUACAUGAUACGGUACUUCUGCAGCUGCGAAGGUACAACGACAACAACACCACUUUCGAGUACAACAACACCCUUUACAGGUACAACAACAACAACACCUGGCACAACGACAACACAGGUCACAGGUACCACGACUUUUGGAGUAACAACAACGCCAGUGACGGGUUCAGAAGCAGUCAGCACUACAACCUCCCCAACUACAGGCACCACUCCAGCUACAGGCACCACUCCAACUACAGGCACCACUCCAGGCAAAACGUGUGAUACCAGCGCUUGGAGCCCAUGGAUAAAUCGUGACACCCCGUCUACUGGAAAAGGCGACUUUGAGAGCAUGUCUUCAGCAGAACUGAGCGCCUUCUGUUCCUCCGGUACUAUCACAGUGAUACAGUGUGUGACCAGCGAAGAUCAAAUCCCGUCCUACACUUACGGAGAGAUCAGUGAAUGCUCCAUCGAGCAUGGCUUGUCCUGUAGCAACGAGGCCAACUACCCCAUUGAAUGUCAGGAUUACAUGAUACGGUACUUCUGCAGCUGCAAAGAAAGCACGACAACUACUCCAAUAACCACACCCCGAAUAACCACACCCCCAAUAACCACUUACAUUAGAUGUGACUGGUCGGACUGGCUCAACACUGAUAAACCCAGUGUGGGUCGCGGAGAUUUCGAAACCAUCACAGCCUUAAAAUCAACGUAUGGUCUGUGUCCAAAUAUCGUCAGUAUGGAAUGUAGAGUGACUGGGAGUCACACAUCCGUGGAGGCGGCAGGACAGAGUGGAGUUACAUGCGACGCCCAGAAUGGUCUCAGGUGCCAUAAUGAUGAACAGGUGUCACAAAUGUGUCAUGACUAUGAAGUACGAGUACUCUGCUGGGAUCACAUGUGUGGCUCAACCACACCCCCAGCCGUCACAUCAACCACUCCUGAGGUUACUUUCACAACACGUACAUCCACACCCUCAGCCAUCACAUCAACCACUCCUGAGGUUACUUCAACAACACCGUUGUGCCCGCCUCCCCAGACAUGGAGUUACUGUGCAUACAAGUGUGGGGACCUGUGCCACAGUUACAGGAUGGACAUCAUUGCCUGUCUGGCUGCAAAUAGUGACAACACCUGUGUACCUGGAUGUGUUCCUGCCCAAAACUGUUCCACCAGUCAGAAGCUGUCCAGCUCUCACAAGUGCAUCACUACUGAAUUCUGCACCUGCCGAAAACCUAACGGAUCUAUUGCUCUGGCUUUGGACCAAUGGGGAAACGAAUCUGAGGAAUGUUCUACAUGCAUAUGCGGCAACAACACUAUCAAGUGCAAAACUGAUGCUACCUGUGUCAGCGGUGCUCCAACCACCGCAUCGCCACCGCACACAACCAGCCCAGUGCACCCAGUGUGCCAGUGGACAGACUGGUUCAAUGUCGACAAGCCAGGCGGAGCUAACGGUGGAGACAUCGAGUCCGUGACUGCCAUCCGACUGUCACAUCAGCUCUGUGACAACCCGGUGCGAAUCGCCUGCCGCGAAGUCAGCACUAAGGAAGCUGCCGAAGAGACUGGACAGACUCUGACGUGUGACGUGAACGAGGGCCUCACCUGCUACGACUUUGAGAAUAAUGGCCAGUGUAACGACUACGAAGUCCAGUUCUACUGCCCAUGUACAACAGUUUCACCACACAUACCACCUUCUGUGUCAGGAACACCACAACCCACAACACCACCUACUGGUUCUCCUACACCAUCUCCUACAACAGGAUCUACCAUGUCACCCCGAACUGUGUCAAGUUCAGUGACUUCAGGAACACCACAUACAGGGUCACCACGCACACAAUAUUAUGUGUCAGGAACCCCACAUCCUACAACAGGGUCUACUGGUUCUCCUACACCAUCUCCUACAACAGGAUCUACCGUGUCACCCCCAACUGUGUCAAGUUCAGUGACUUCAGGAACACCACCCACAGGGUCACCACCCACACCAUAUUUUGUGUCAGGAACCCCACAUCCUACAACAUGGUCUACUGGUUCUCCUACACAAUCUCCUACAACAGGAUCUACCGUGUCACCCCCAACUGUGUCAAGUUCAGUGACUUCAGGAACACCACAAACAGGGUCACCACGCACACCAUAUUCUGUGUCAGGAACCCCACAUCCUACAACAGGGCCUACUGGUUCUCCUACACAAUCUCCUACAACAGGAUCUACCGUGUCACCCCCAACUGUGUCAAGUUCAGUGACUUCAGGAACACGACACACAGGGUCACCUCCCACACCAUAUUUUGUGUCAGGAACCCCACAUCCUGCAACAGGGCCUACUGGUUCUCCUACACAAUCUCCUACAACAGGAUCUACCGUGUCACCCCCAACUGUGUCAAGUUCAGUGACUUCAGGAACACCACAAACAGGGUCACCACGCACACCAUAUUCUGUGUCAGGAACCCCACAUCCUACAACAGGGCCUACUGGUUCUCCUACACGAUCUCCUACAACAGGAUCUACCGUGUCACCCUCAACUGUGUCAACAUCAAGAGUUUGCGGCUGGACACCGUGGAUGAAUGGGAACGUGCCUGGAAAUGAAGGAGAGGUGGAGAAUAUUCCAAGUCUUCGUAGGAUGUACACAUUCUGUCGUUCAGAAGACAUCACUGCAAUUGACUGCCGUAUCGUCGGUUCAGAGGCAAAUCUGGAAACAGACGUUAUCUGCAAUCUUCAGUACAAUGGUCUUAUUUGUGAUAACACUAAACAACCAUCUGGAAAAUGUUCUAACUAUGAAAUCAGGGUUUAUUGUGAGCCACAGGGGGUCACGUGCCCAGUGUCUCCAGUCAGUGUGGUUACAGUAUCUCCACCCACAGGAUCUACUAGGACAGGAUCACCACAACCCACAACACCACCUACUGUUUCUCCUACACCAUCUCCUACAACAGGAUCUACCAUGUCACCCCCAACUGUGUCAAGUUCAGUGACUUCAGGAACACCACACACAGGGUCACCACCCACACCAUAUUUUGUGUCAGGAACCCCACAUCCUACAACAGGGUCUAGUGGUUCUCCUACAAGAUCUCCUACAACAGGAUCUACCGUGUCACCCCCAACUGUGUCAAGUUCAGUGACUUCAGGAACACCACACACAGGGUCACCACGCACGCCAUAUUCUGUGUCAGGAACCCCACAUCCUACAACAGGGCCUACUGGUUCUCCUACACGAUCUCCUACAACAGGAUCUACCGUGUCACCCCCAACUGUGUCAAAAUCUACUAUCAGUCUUUCAGCAAAUUGCACUUUGAGCAUGCAGAUGGUUCAGCACAGCAGCAACUCAACGACCAUCCGCGGUAGCUCCUUUGCUCCCCAGAAUGCUGUUCUGCAGGAGGCAUCUUCAUGGAUGCCAUCAGUGGAUAAUAAAGACCAGUAUGUUGAAGUGGAUUUCGGCCGUUCCUGGCUUCUGACUGGUGUGACCACCCAGGGAAGGGGAAGCAUACCGAAUUAUGUGAAAUCAUACACUGUUGAGUACGCCUACAAUACUCACCACUGGAACACCUACCAGGAGAAGCAAGGUGUUGACAAGAUCUUUACAGCCAACAAUGAUUCCACCACACCUGUGACCAACUGGUUCAGUAAACCAAUCAGAGCUCAGUUCAUUCGGAUCCGACCCAAGAGCUGGCAGAAUAAAAUAGCACUUCGAUUUGAUAUCCUUGGUUGUUACACAGCACAAACAACAAGUACUCUCCGUGUUUCGCAAACAACACCAGUGACUACCACAGAGGUGACAACGCCUGUUACAGAACAAGACUGCAUUAAAUGGGGAGCGUGGAUUAACAAUCACCACCCAACCCCAGGGAAUAAGGGAGACAUUGAGCCAAUUGAACAGGUGCAUGGACCUUGCCAGCAGCCAAUGGAAAUCGAGUGCAGGACUUCAAGCCCAGACAAGACCCCCCACAGGCUGACAGGACAGAAGGUCGGCUGUAAUCUAUGGACAGGGCUCAUCUGUAACAACAAAGACAAUGCCCCACUCUGCUUUGAUUACGAAGUCCGUGUGGGAUGCCUGAAGCUUACACCAGAGUGCAUGGUGUCAACGACGCCAUCUGUGACAACAACGUCCAACAUCCCUGUGUGUUAUCUGGGAAUGAACACAACAUUUUGCCCUAAGGAAGGCUGCCCUAACGGCAUGUAUUGUGACGGGCAGAAGUGCGUCAUGAUAAAGAAUUGCCCCUGUCGUGUGGAUAGUAAAGUCAUCAAGCCUGGUCAUAUCGGUGUCGACAAACAGUGUAGAACGUGUACCUGCUUCAGUGGAACUGUUCACUGCAUUCCUAAGAAAUGUCCCCCUUGUGAUCAGGUGAGUGUUUUACAAGUGCAGUAAAAACCUUAGAUAAAG